CGUAAUGGAAGAUCAAGUUCUGCGCAAGGCACAACGUGGUCUUUUCUUUGGGAAACCAAAGAGUGGCAUUUUUGUCAAUGCCUUCUACAAGAAGAAUCUGACUGUGGACGACCCAGCUGUGCGCGAUGGCAUAGUGAGUGCUGUCCGAGACGUGGUGAACUAUGCAUCACAAGUUGAAGAAGAAGGAGGAAACGCCUCUCGUACUAGAGCCAUCGUUGCCUUUGACCCUAAUCAAUGGAGUAAGUGGUACAAAGACGACCCUAGGCUGAGCAAUCUUGAGCAGCGUGAAAAAGGAAAGAAACUGGUUCCUGAUUCCCAGAAAUUUAUUGACACCGGUGGUGAUGUGUACUUCUUGCUGAAAUCUGACGUUAAAGAUGAAUUGGAGAAGGUUCUUGAUUACAUUCAGGACAAAAUGAAAGAUUACUUCAGUGAUUUUGACGUUACGAGAUCACAACCUCCUAGUAAGCGAAUCCUGCAAAGUUCGUUCACAGACGGGGUGGCAAACCCGUGCGAUGCAGAAAGCUUCAAGACUUACAUCGUAAAGAACGAAGGGUCGUCGGUUGGUUAUCCUGGCUCAACAUACCUAUUGACGCAGAAGUUUGAGUUCAACUGGGUGGUCCUUGGAAACCUGGACAAGAUUCAAAAAGAAGACAUGAUAGGAAGAAAGUCUGGAACAGACACGUUUAUUCCUCACACAGAUAAGCGUUCCCACCUCAUGUGUGCCCACGUUGUACACGAUGUUCCACCAGUCAACGUCCUCAAGCGUCACCCACGAAUCUUCCGAGUCUCCAUGCCGUACGGGCAAAUCGAGAACCAUCCAGGACGAGAAGAAGGUCUGAUGUAUCUACACAUGUGCAAUUCAGUAGAAACAUUCAAGACCAUCCUGAAGAACAUCGCUGGGAAUGAUAAGCACUCCAAACUAGGAGAUGUAACUAUAGAUGCGUUGCUAAGUUCCGUUCAGCCACUUCAGGGAGCCUACUGGUAUGUUCCAAGUGCCGAGGAGUUGAAACUACCGACUUUACAGGAACGAAGGUUCGACAUUUUGGACUUUUGGAACAAAAGAAGUCCUACAAACGAGUACUUGUUCUACAACCAGAAGGAGUACCUUUAUCGUAUGACCUCGGGUGGAUACACCCCUGGGGAUCCUCCCAGUGACAGGGUCUUACGUUUGCUAGACUACGCAUUUCAGCAGUGGAAUGACCAAUGGUUUAAACGUAGGGAGAUGCCAAAAUUCCCUCAUCUGUUCGAGACCUUGAAAUCCCCUAAGAAGCUAGAGCUGGUCAAGAACGCGUCUGUGAUGAUCCGAAAAGGUUGGGCCAUGAAGAUUUGCCUGGGAAGAUUGUGCACAACAAAUAAGAAACACAAGCUAGAGAGCCGAAAAUUCUUUGGCAACAAAGCAGAUGUCUUCGGCAUUCAUCCCGAUGAGCUUAUCGUUGGUAGAAUGCCUCCUUGCUUUUCUCUUGGGCUUGGAAAAACCGCGAUGCCUUACCUACGCGAGGAAGAGAGAAUGCCAGCCUUUAUAAAGGGUCUCAGUGAGGCAGCCGGUAUUGGUCAUGUAAUCCCAGACUACGAAACCCUACUGCAGAAAGGACUUCAGCAAAUGAAAAGAGAAAUGAAAGCAAACAUGGGAACUACAAAGGAAGAGAAAGAGUUUUUCCAGGCUUGUAUCCUAGCCCUGGAGGGAGUCCAAAAGUACAUCCGAAAUUAUGGAUUCCAUGCAGGGUACCUUGCUAAUAGAAAGGAUAUUGAGCUCUCCGAUGCCCAAAGGGAAAACAUGAAACAGAUUGAAGCUCGAAUGAAAAAGAUCUCAACAGAUCGUCCAGAGACAUUGAUUGAAGCUGUUCAGCUGCUAUUUGCUUUCCAUUGUUGCCUGCAUCUUUCGGGUGAGCAAACCUCCAUUGGUCGUCUUGAUCAACUCCUGGAGCCUUUCAUCGACGGAACUCCUUCUGAACAAGCCCAGGAAAUCAUUGACUGCCUGUUCGUCAAGCUCUGUGAACAUGUACAUUUGAACACCAGGUUGUUGAAUGAGUUGCUGGAAUGGGGAAUGAAUGCCGUGCCAUACAGCAGUACUGGAAUGUUUCCUAACGGAGACACUAUUAAUCAAUGGGUGCAGCAGAUCACUGUUGGAGGUUACAAGGCCAACGAUGAAAGUGUCCCCCAGGAUGGAUGUAACGCCAUUACAAUCAUGUGCCUUAAAGCCUCACGAAGACUACCACUCAAUGCUCCUUGCGUGUCUCUGCGAGUACACAAGGAUAUGUCUCAAGAGGUGCUCCAAGAAGCGGCCAAAGCUAUCCUCAGUGGAGGAGCUCAUCCUUUACUUCUACAUGAUGAUCGCUUGGUUGAAGGUCUUCUUAAAGCGGGAACAUCAGACGUUCCUGUCAGCCUGAGGAGCGCACGUAACUACUGCUGUGAUGGUUGCUAUGAGCCCAUCUUUCCAGGCGAGACGGAUUUCUCUUUAGCUUAUGUGCCUUUACUGCAAGUUCUGGAGAUGACCAUCAACCACGGGUCUACUUAUCUUGUUGCUGGUUCUCGGUUCCUGGAGGGAGCACCUCAGUCACUACCGACAGAACACCCAGAGGACAUCUACAGCUUUGAGCAGCUUUUGAAGAUCUUCGCUCUGCACCUCAAGGUACGCACAGAGUACAACAUCUUCCUUCUGCUGCUCAACUAUGGAAACGUCGUCGAGUUUUGUCCCAGUCCUUUGCUCUCUUCCCUCAUCCGCGGCUGCUUGGAAACCAAACGGGAUAUCUACAAUGGCGGUGCAAACUAUACACUGAUUGGUGUCCAGUUCAUUACGUUUUCCAAUACUAUCGAUGCACUGUAUGCCAUUAAGAAGCUUUGCUUUGACCAAGACUCGGCUGUAAUUCCCUUGUCUGAAAUGGUUCGCUGUCUCAAGUGUGACUGGGGAUACAAUAUGCAAGAACCGUUCCAUGAUGAAUUGGCCGGUGCCACACGUGGUCAGCGGCUGUCCGAUACGUACAAAGAAGUACGCGAGAGGGCUUUAAACCUCCCUAAGUUUGGAACCAGCGAAGGUGCAGAAAACAAGGACAUCCAAAACAUUGCCAGCUGGUUGGCUGAGCAAGUUUCAACCGUCAUUCAGAAAGUGGCCCGUGAUGCUCCUGAUGGUCAACCCCUGAAGGACCUCAUCAGUGGGUUAAAGAAAAAGUACUCGGUGCCUGGAGUGCCAUGGGACGUGUUUUUGCCAACCGGAUCUGGGACCUUUGAAGGAUAUGUCGGCUGGGGAGGAAGCUGUGGUGCAUCCGCUGAUGGAAGGCGUGCGGGCUCUUUUAUUGCAUCGGACUGCUCAGCGGCACCAACUCCUCUAGACAAACCUCCUGUUCCUAAAAGUUUCGAAAUUUCCAAGUCUUUGAAGAGCUGGGAUAUUCCAUCCAUCAAUGUUGGCUUUGCAAAUGGUGCUCCUAUUGACUUGAAAAUUGAUGAAAAGUUCAAAGAAAGUGACUUGAUAACUUUCUUGAAGAAUUUUGCAGAUGACAAAGGCAUCGGAGGAAACAUUCUGACAAUCACAUGUGCAAAUCCUGAAACCUACGCCAACGCCCAGAGUAAUCCCGAGCAGUACGACCUAAUACGCGUGCGCACAGGAGGCUGGAGCGAGUUUUUCAUCGCUUUCUUCACCGAGCAUCAGAAGCACCAAGAGAGAAGAAUUUUCUACCAUGCAUAAUGAGUACAAAGAUGACAACCAAUUGAAUACCAAUGUUAUUUCGACUACUAUAAGCUAACAUAAGAACAUCAACAAUUCAUGUCGUGACUGAGCAACAAUGGUGUUAGGUCAAGAGUGGGCUUGUUACAAUGCAAACAUCAAGUACAACCUUGAUCUGAGACUCAUUGUUGGGGGUGAUUGAGGGCGAGAAUCUUUCAAAAUGUCUUUAGUAGUAAGUAGAACUGAACGUGUUUCGAAGAGCACAUGAAGUUCUCAUAAUACUAAUAAUUGAAAGGCCAUGAAUUUCUUCCAGAAUGUUAACAAGUUUUGACUUAUGACUAAACAAAAAUGUUCCAUCAAA